UAACAAAAGAUAAAACGAAAUGUACAGGUAACCCCUAUCCAAUCCAAGGGAUCCAAUAUUUCCAUAUUUGAGCCUCGUGGUCACGCUUCAGUCAGACAAGGCCAACUGAAGCCGGGACGGAGACAAUUUGUUAACCUCUUUUCAUAAUGGCUGCGACGGUCACGCCUCAUCUCUCUCGCCUUGCCCGCUACUUCCCUUUGUCUUUCCCAAUUCUUCAUCUUCCGAAGCCUCACGUCCUCACCUUCCGCCGGAGGCCUAGCCAACGCUUCCUCUUCUUCAGCUGCCAAUUCUCCCGCGGGUUCUCCGUCUCCGCCGCUGAGGGCUCUCACAGCACAGACUGGAAUGAUAAUGUUGGAGCAGUUUAUGAAAGAUUUGAUGUCAUUGUAGUUGGAGGAGGACACGCAGGCUGUGAAGCUGCACUUGCAUCUGCUCGAUUAGGGGCAAAAACUCUUCUUCUCACACUAAAUAUUGAUCGAAUUGCUUGGCAGCCUUGCAAUCCAGCAGUAGGUGGACCUGCAAAAUCACAACUAGUACAUGAAGUGGAUGCACUUGGAGGUGAAAUCGGGAAGGUUUCUGAUAGAUGCUAUUUACAAAAACGUGUCCUUAAUCUCUCUAGAGGUCCUGCAGUUCGAGCAUUGCGUGCGCAAACUGAUAAAAGGGAAUAUGCCAUGCAAAUGAGAAACAUAGUGGAAAGCACUCCAAACCUUUCUAUUAGAGAGGCAAUGGUGACAGACAUCUUAUUAGGAAAGAACGACAACGUGGAAGGUGUCUGCACAUUUUUUGGGAUGAAGUUCUAUGCUCCUUCUGUUAUACUAACAACGGGCACUUUUAUGAGUGGUAAAAUUUGGGUUGGUAGAACUUCUAUGCCUGCAGGAAGAGCUGGUGAGUCAGCGUCGCAUGGACUUACUGAGAACUUACAGCACCUUGGAUUCGAAAUUGAUCGGCUAAAAACUGGAACCCCAGCACGUGUGGAUUGUCGUACUGUAGACUUUUCUGGAUUGGAACCCCAGCAUGGAGAUGAAGAGGUCAGCUGGUUUAGCUUUGAUCCUGCUUUUCAUAUUGAAAGGGAGCAAAUGUGCUGCUAUCUAACACGUACCACGAAGGAAACACACCAGCUAAUUAAAGAGAAUUUGCAUGAAACUCCCACUUAUGGAGGAUGGGUUGAAGCUAAGGGACCCAGAUACUGUCCUUCAAUUGAAGAUAAGAUUGUGAGGUUUCAAGACAAAGAUUCCCAUCAAAUAUUUCUUGAACCAGAGGGCCGAACUGUGCCAGAGCUUUAUGUCCAGGGGUUCUCAACUGGGUUACCAGAGAGGCUACAGUUACCACUCUUAAGAACUUUACCUGGACUUGAAAAUUGUUCAAUGCUGAGGCCUGCUUAUGCUGUGGAAUAUGAUUUUUUGCCUGCUCAUCAAUGCUCUAGGUCUCUUAUGACAAAGAAGAUUUCUGGACUUUUCUUUUCUGGACAGAUAAAUGGAACCACGGGCUAUGAAGAGGCUGCAGCACAGGGCAUCAUUUCUGGUAUCAAUGCUGCUAGACAUUCAGAGGGUAAACCCCUCAUUGUUCUUGAGAGGGAGAGCAGUUACAUAGGUACAUUGAUUGAUGAUCUGGUCACUAAGGAUCUUCGAGAGCCUUACCGAAUGUUGACAAGCCGCUCAGAACACCGGUUAUUGCUUCGAUCGGAUAAUGCUGAUAGCCGUCUCACUCCUUUGGGACGUGAAAUUGGAUUGAUAGAUGAUAGACGCUGGAAACUAUACCAGGAUAAGCAAGCUCACAUUUCAGAGGAAAAGAAGCGAUUGAAAACUGUCAAGAUUUCAGGAGGAGAUUUGGCUGCCGAUGUGACUCACCUGUCUGGUCAGCCUGUAAAGGACUCUUCAACACUAGAGAGUCUUCUGAAGAAACCGCAUGUGCCAUAUAAAGUUCUUGAUAAACAUGGUUUUGGGAAUGAACUCUUAUCUAGAGUGGAGAAAGAAUGUGUUGAGAUUGAUAUCAAGUAUGAGGGCUUCAUUAUCCGGCAGCAAAACCAACUUCAACAGCCACGCCCACGAGCCCUCGACAGUGACGACGCCUCACGGCUCUCACAGAGUCACACACACAGCCAGCGGAACAGAGUGGCGGCAUGCGGCAAAGGGGGCAACCGGCAUUGUAGAAUUUGGAAAUGAGUUCCGGGGCCGAAGAUAUGGACGGAUCGAUUCACUGGCCAAGAAAUUUAUUUGGAGUCUGGACACGCCGUCGAACAGUCCCUCCAGUGGUCCAGUGCUACCAGUAGUGUAAAGCUUGCUGGUAUACUAUUUUUAUUUACAUAAUUUGGUUAUUUGUAAUUGCCUUCUAAGAAUUGUGCAUUUGUGCGGUUCUGGAUUCAUAGAUGUGGCUACCUUCUCUUCUUUCUUUGGAUUCUUCCUUCUUCUUCUUCACAACGGGUUACCCGGGUCGUGUCCGGGUAACUUGAUUAAUUCACGGGCCAUGUUUGGGUUUGAGUUUUCGACCCGAUUAAUAAUCGGGUCGGGGUCGUGUCGAACCCGAUUGUGUAAUUGGGUCGGUCGGGUUGACACUAACCCGACCCGUAAACCCGAAUUGCCAAGCCUAACGUGUUGGUAAUAUUUCAUGCAUUUUACCCUCUACAGUUCCAAACUUUCGCCCAUACACGUGGAAGCUCUGUUUUAAAAACCUUUGACCCCAGCAUAUGAUUCCAAUCCCAGCAACAAACACGUUGUUUGCGCUAAAUGGGCGACCCUCUGGAUGCUAAUGAAAUUGGAGAAAUGGACGGUGGAGGAAGGAGCAAUGCAGAACCUCCGAGAUUUAGAAAUCCGAUCCUGUCACGAACUAAAGGAGCUUCCAAACAAGUUGCUAAAUCUGAGUGAAGGAGCUGCAACCCGAUCGAACACCCUUAAUUUGCUAACUGUUGUUUUAAUGUCGUUGCUAUUGAUGUUGCUAUGUUUCUGUUCUUGUUGCUACUGCCGUGUUUUCAUGUUGUUAAGAGAGCGCUGCUCUAUAUCACGUUAGAAACAUUCAGUGAUUGUUCGAUUUGUUUCAUAUAUAUGCUUAUAUCAGACUUCAUUUAUGUCCCUUUUAGUACAGCAGUAAGGAAUGCUUUUUCUUAGAAGCUGAAACUGGCACCACAACACCAGUCAUUGAAGAACUCAAAAAAUGGCACCAGUAAAAUCCAUGCUCACCGCACCAGUGAUAAGAGAAAAAAACCCAAAACCAGAAUUCCAACAAGAGAAAAACCCAACCAGAAAUAUACUUGAUCCACCGGAAAAAAAAAAAAAAAAAAAAAAAAAAAAACCUGAUUCACUGGACCUCACGUCUCCACCAAAGAUUGCCGGAGGCACGCCAAAAGUCAGCACAGAACCUGCCGACAACCACCAAGAAGCUGAACCCACCGCAAACGAGUUGGCGGAUAGUCGCCAACCAACGACCGCCACUAAGAAUCUUCAAGAUUGAGGAGAUUGGGGAGGCCGCACGUGUCCUCUGUGCUGGACACGGUACACCCUUCAUACGAUAUGAGGAGGGCAUUUUUGGGUUUUUAGCUUUAAACAUCACGUGUCAUGCACAUGUAGUGUUUUCCAUCCACUUAAACGGCAUAAACUGACGGAGGGGCCAAAAAACAAGCAAUUGGUAGUUUAGGAGGCCGGACUACAAGCACUGGUAGUUUAGUGGGUCAUCCGGAGAACGGGUGGUAGUUUGGGUGGCUUUUUUAUAUUUAAUCCAAAAAUAUAUAUAUAUAAAAAAAAUUCAAAGAUUCAGGCAUGUGUAUUUUUGCAAAUUCCUUUAAAUUCUAAGCAACAUCUAAAUCUUUGCAAUUUUUUUUUUCCUAAAAAAAAGAAGGGCAUUUUAAGAAUGGAUAAUUGCACCACUGGUCCCUAGGAUUGGCCUAAAUUACGAAUUAUAGAGGGUCCUUAUGGUAAACUAUAAUUACGAAUCACUCCUUGAACUCGUUUUUCGUCCACUAAGUUAACAGAAUCCGUUAAUUUGUCACGUCAUAUAAAAUAGUGAGACAACCUCUAAAUAUCAUUUGUAUUGUAAUCCACUAACGGACUCUGUUAACUUGGUGGACGGAAAACGGGUUCAAUGAGUGAUAUGUAAUUAUAGUUUACCCCAAGGACCCUCCAUGAAUUUUUUGUACCACAGGGAGUGAUUCGCAAUUUAGGCCAACCUCAGGGACCAAUAAUGCAAUUAUCCCUUUUAAGAAUUUUAACACCCCUACGUUAGGAUUUAACAAAAAAUUCUUAGGAGGGCUGAAAUUAAAAAAUAUGGAUGCACUAAAUUGACACUUUUUUAAAGUUUAAAGGUAUGAUUGCAAAAGUGAUGAAAGAUCAAGGGUGAUAAGUGGUUUUCCCUAUAUUUUAUGUAGUUGUAGAUCGAGGGUUGGCUUGCAUCAUGUAGUAGCAUGACACAAUAUGGUGGUACAUGCAUCUUAAAUAAGACCUGAGACCUUUGCACAUAUUACAAGGAAGAUGAAAGAAUAAAACUCAACUUAUGUGAAUCCAGAUUAUAUUUUAUGUCAUGCACAUAUAUCAAUGUGAUGCUAU